AUGUCAGUCCCACUUGUGAGAGGACCAGAACAGGCCAAAUAUAAGGAGAUUCGUGGACAAGCAGGCCGUUUAACUGAGAACCGUCCCAUUGCUGAUCACAAAGCAUGUGUUAAUGCAUGUGUUGAAGUGAUCAAUCAACAGGUGCAUGCACCCACUGAGCUGAAAGACAGAGAAGUCAUUGCGUUCAGUUACUUCUUUGACAGGGCCACUGAGAGAGGUCUCAUAGAUCCAUUUAAAGGAGGAGAGUUGACAGUGCAGGAGUUCCUAAACGCUGCUGUUCAGACCUGCAACAUCCCCAAUGUGGAACAGCCAUUAGCCUGCUUAGAUCUUACCUACAUCAGCUCAUUCCUUGCUGUUGGUUAUGGUCUCAAGGGUGGCAACAUCAUAAAGCUGUACAAGAAGAUAGACAACUACGAGGUCAGCUGGGGACUUGGCUUAGCUUUCCAUGUGAUAAAUAAUGGUAUAUGAGGUGAACUGUUUUUAGACCAAGUGUUCUCACUUGACUUAUAAACUCUAAAAAAAAAAAAAUUUACAAUCUGUAGCAAUGUCUGUCUGUUUGUAAUCUAUCUACACGUAUCUGUUUUUUAACUUGUCCAUCUACCUAUCUCUCUGUAUAUGUAUCUACUUACCAAUUUCUUGUGAAUUUUUAUCCAUUUAUCCUUGACUCGUAUUGAGUGGAACAAUAUUUCCAAGACUUCAACACUGCUGGAAUACCUAAUGAGUACAGUAGGUACAAUAAAAGACAAAAGUCGUGUCAUGAAAUUUGGUGAAAACAUGUGCUGAAGGGCUAAGCUUUUGGUGCACUCUGCCUUGUGGUAAGGGGCUCUCAUAAUGUUUCACGAGUUAUAUUUAAUCUUCGGACAAAACCGAGCAUGACUUUUGUCUUUGAUUGUACAAUCCAUAUGUGACAUUACAUGUUAAGUGUAAUGCAUCUGUUGAGCUACAUUCAUUUUAUGUUCUUUUAAUUGUACUAUUAAGCCAUUGUUUAUGUAUACUGAUCAAUUGUUGUUUUAAGUGAUCAGAGUUUGCAAUAAAUGCCUUUGUGAGUAUGUUUAUGCAGAGAAAACACAAUCAACUGUAUAAAUAUACUGAAUGUAUAAAUAGAUAAUCAUACUGAAAAUGUAAUGAGCCUGUUUUUGAAAUGCUGGACUCAUUAAAGUGUUGUUUAUAUCAUGUGGUUAAGAUAUUUGGGGGGCAUAGUUGGGUCAUAUUUUACUGCAUAAUAUAGUUGUGUAUUACAGGUGAGAGCUUUGUAAUAUUGUACAGCUUAAGACAGUGCAGUAAAGGUGUAGCUGUACUUUAAAAAAAAAAAAAAAAAAAAAAAAAAAAAAGCCAGAGGGUGACUUACAGGUAAUAGACCACCAAUGCAAUGUAGGUAAUGUCUUAUAAACUUAGAGCUGGAGUACCCAUAGUAUGUUCAGGUGGGUUUAGAACAACACAUAUACAUAUACUGUAUAAGUAUAUCUAUAGUAUUAAAACAUUAGAGAAAAGAAUGAUGACCAGUAAAUGACGGAUGUUUAAAAUUUAAAGGUAGAGUAAAUUAAACAGUAAUUGAUGUAAAUUUUUACAAUCAGCAUGCCCCGACAAAUUCGCAGAUUUUUAAUUCGCGGGCCUCUAUUAUUCGCGGAUGACACCCUGGAUGUUCCCAAGAAUGUCUAAGGGUAGUUUUAAAGUUGCACUUUUGCAGCAGGGACAGGGAGCCAUUUGUUCUAGAGACAGUAAUUUCUUUUACCUGUACAGCUACUCCUCUACUUGUGUGUUAGUGAUUGAACUGUGUACUGACAAAAUUUUCGUUUGUAAUUCCCUUUAAAAUGGCUGUCAAGCUUAAAAGUGAGAGUUUUGUGGUGCUGAGAAGAAAAAGAGACACCCAUUUUAGAUUUUCUA